CGUGACUGUCAUACCAUGCCAUCCCUCACUGAAGCGCAGGCUUACAAUGCCGCUGCUCUAUCGGCUCUGUCAACGGUACCGACCGCGCUGUUCAUCGGCGGGACGAGUGGGAUUGGUCGAGGCAUUGUGGAAGCAUUCGCACGUCAUACGAAAGGCAAUGUGCAUAUUAUAAUAUGCGGUAGGAAUCGCGAAGCCGCCGACCGUAUCAUCGCAUCACUGCCGAAACCCUCCGUUGCUGCAGCGAAGCACGAGUUUGUCUACUGUGAAGCAACGCUCAUGCGCAAUGUCCGCGCUGUCACCUCCGAGUUGAUUUCCCGCCUUCCAAAGCUUAACUAUCUCGUCUUCACCAUUGCGCUCGUCAACUUAAACGGGUACGAGCCAACGGAGGAAGGUCUAGAGAAGAAAGCGGCUGCGUCAUACUACGCUCGAUGGCUGUUCACCCUCGAGCUACUUCCUUUACUCCGCAAAGCUCGGGAGAUGGCUGAGCCUGCCAAGCUCCUCUCUAUCGGUAGUGCGGGUCGGGCUGGGCGAAAGAUCGAAACGGAUGACGACCUCGAUUUGAGAAAGCUCUACAAGACUAGCAUAUUUCAGAUUCGCAAAACGAUCACGGCCUGCCAGGAGCUCAGUCUUGAGGCUUUCGUUACCGAGAACCCAUGGCUUACGACUAUUCACACGAAUCCGGGCGUCGUGUAUACGCCUUCCUUACCUUUCGAUGUACCGUUGCUGCUCAAGGUUGUCAUUGACUAUGUCGCCUGGAUACUUCUGCGGUCGCCCAGUGAUUCGGGUGAGUUCAUGCUGUAUGCUCUACUGAAAGGCGAAGGCGAAGGUCGCGUAUUACGAUUUGGCGAAACGGGGAAAACAUUACGACGUCGCGACGAGUUCAUCACCGUCGAAGGACAGGAGCGAGUGUGGAAACAUACGCUGGAGGCAAUCUCAGUUUGAGGAUGGUACCAUAAACAUGUCGGCCAUUGCGUUGCAAUGGAUUCUGUAGCUUUAAGUGCUGUCAUGAUCAUAUUAGCGCUCGUCAUCAUCCA